AGAAAAGCUCAUUUGGCCGCGGCGCGAGACAAGAAGAUUAUUAGUACACGCGCAGAGGGGGAGAGGAAGAGAAUCAGCCCUCCAGUCUCGUAGCAGGAGAAACCAACUUGUCUGUGCCUGUAUAAACUCUUAGAAACACAAGACACUCCUUCUUUUACUGGAAGAAGAGAAGGAAGCCAUGGACAAAGGAGGAGAAUUAAAAAGAAGUUAGCGUCUACGGUAAAGUCACCUUUGGAAAAACGACUCAGAAAGAAGAAGUGUCCGGAGAGGAAAGAGGAACAGGAUGGGAGUGGAUUUCAGCACUCUUCGGACCCUCAUCAGCAGAUAUUGUGUUGGUGAGGAGAACUGGGUGGACAGCAGGACGAUUUUCAUUGGACACAAGGAGCCUCCUCCAGGAACAGAAGCCUUUAUACAACAAAGAUUCCCCGACAACAGAAUAGUCUCCUCCAAGUACACAUUUUUGAACUUUGUCCCGAAGAAUAUGUUUGAGCAGUUCAGGAGAGUUGCCAACUUCUACUUUCUCAUUAUAUUUCUGGUUCAGUUGAUCAUUGACACUCCCACCAGUCCUAUCACCAGCGGGUUGCCACUUUUCUUUGUCAUCACAGUCACAGCCAUUAAACAGGGUUAUGAGGACUGGUUGAGACACAAAGCAGACAACGCAAUCAACCAGUGUCCCGUCCACGUGGUGGAGAACGGGAAAGUGGUCGGCAAACAAAGUCGCAAGCUCAGGGUUGGAGACGUCAUCUUGAUGAAAGAAAAUGAGACUUUUCCCUGCGACCUUAUCCUUCUUUCUACGUCUCGAGAUGAUGGGACCUGCUAUGUUACUACAGCCAGUCUUGACGGAGAGAGCAGCCACAAGACAUACUAUGCAGUUCAGGACACCAAAGCUUACAACACAGAGGAGGAGGUUGACACCAUCCACGCUACUAUAGAAUGUGAACAACCACAGCCGGACCUAUACAAAUUCGUUGGUCGUAUCAACAUCUACAUGGACAAUGAGCCAGUGGCCAGGCCAUUAGGAGCAGAGAACCUGCUGCUCCGAGGAGCCACACUCAAGAACACUGCACACAUAUAUGCGGUUGCCAUCUAUACUGGCAUGGAAACCAAGAUGGCUCUCAACUACCAGUCCAAGACUCAGAAACGGUCCGCAGUGGAAAAGUCAAUGAAUGCCUACCUGGUGGUCUACCUGUGCAUUCUCAUCGGCAAGGCACUCAUCAACACAGUGCUGAAAUAUGCGUGGCAGGCCGACCCCAACAGAGACGAACCCUGGUACAACGACAGGACAGAAGCAGAGAGAGGGAGACACAUUGUGAUCAGGGCAUUCACAGACUUCUUGGCCUUUAUGGUUCUUUUCAACUAUAUCAUCCCAGUCUCCAUGUACGUCACUGUGGAAAUGCAGAAGUUCCUGGGCUCCUAUUUCAUCAUGUGGGAUGAUGAAAUGUUUGACAAGGAGCUAGGAGAGAGAGCCGUGGUCAACACGUCGGACCUGAACGAGGAGCUGGGACAGGUGGAGUAUGUGUUUACAGACAAGACAGGAACUCUGACAGAGAACAACAUGGAGUUCAUUGAGUGCUGUGUGGACGGACACGUUUAUGUACCUCAUGCUAUCUGUAACGGACAGGUGAUGCCUGGUGCAACAGGUAUGGACAUGAUUGACACAUCGCCAGGUCCUGGGGCCAGGGAGCAUGAAGAGCUGUUUUUCCGGGCAUUGUGUUUGUGCCACACGGUGCAGGUGAAGGAGGAGGAGACAGUGGAUGGGAUCAAGCAUGGCAUCCACCAGGGCAAGUCCACUUCCUUCUACAUCUCCUCAUCACCAGACGAGGUUGCGCUGGUGGAAGGCAUGAAAAGACUUGGUUUCACCUAUCUGAGACUCAAGGACAGUCACAUGGAGAUCUUGAACAGGGAGGAUGAGAUUGAGAAGUUUGAGCUGCUGGAGGUGUUGACAUUCGAUUCAGUCAGACGGAGGAUGAGCGUCAUUGUCAGGUCCAGCUCUGGUGAGCUCUAUCUGUUCUGUAAAGGCGCAGACUCCGCCAUCUUCCCCAGGGUUAUAUCAGGCAAAGUGGAUCAGGUUAGAGCUCGGGUGGAGCACAAUGCAGUGGAGGGUCUGAGGACACUAUGUGUUGCCUAUCGGCCUCUGAGUCCCGAACAGUACCAGGAGGUUUGCCAUUUGCUAAACGGGGCCAAGUUGGCACUACAGGACAGGGACAAACGACUAGCCGAGGCCUACGACAACAUUGAGAAAGACCUGAUACUGUUGGGAGCCACUGCUGUGGAGGACAGGCUCCAGGAAAAAGCAGCAGACACCAUUGAGUCCCUCCACAAGGCAGGAAUGAAGGUGUGGGUGCUGACCGGUGAUAAGAUGGAGACGGCGGCUGCCACCUGCUAUGCCAGCAAGCUGUUUCGCCGCAACACCCAGAUCUUGGAGCUGACCACCAAACGUACUGAAGAGCAGAGCCUUCACGAUGUCUUGUUUGACCUUAGCAGGACCGUCCUGAGGCAACACGGAGGCAUGAUCAGGGACACCUUCUCUAGUUUAUCAGGUGACUGUACGGACUAUGGUCUGAUCAUUGAUGGAGCCACUCUUUCUGCGGUGAUGAGGCCCACCCAGGAGGACUCAAUUUCAGGGAACUACAAAGAGAUCUUCCUAGAAAUCUGCCGCAACUGCAGUGCCGUGCUAUGCUGUCGAAUGGCACCGCUCCAGAAAGCACAGAUUGUGAAGCUGAUUAAAGCCUCCAAGGAGCACCCGAUCACGCUGGCCAUUGGAGACGGAGCUAACGAUGUUAGCAUGAUCUUAGAGGCCCAUGUUGGCAUCGGUAUUAUGGGUAAGGAGGGCCGUCAGGCAGUGCGGAACAGUGACUACGCCAUCCCAAAGUUUAAACAUCUCAAGAAAAUACUGCUUGUCCACGGACACUAUUACUACAUACGCAUCUCUGAACUUGUGCAAUACUUCUUCUACAAGAAUGUCUGUUUCAUCUUCCCCCAGUUCCUCUACCAGUUCUUCUGUGGCUUCUCACAACAGCCACUCUAUGAUACAGCCUACUUGACUCUGUACAACAUCAGCUUCACCUCGCUGCCCAUUCUGCUCUACAGUCUCAUAGAGCAGCACAUUAACAUGGACAUCCUGAAAAAGGACCCAUCUCUCUAUAGAGAUAUUGCUAAGAACUCUUUGCUGCGGUGGCCCAUCUUCUUAUAUUGGACUAUCCUGGGUGUGUAUGAUGCCAUUGUGAUGUUCUUUGGUGCCUACUUCCUGUUUGACAACACCACCUUCACCAGCAAUGGACAGCUAAUGACAACCAACACACAGAUGAUGUUUGGAAACUGGACAUUUGGGACGCUGGUCUUCACUGUGCUAGUCUUCACUGUUACAUUCAAGUUGGUUCUAGAUACUCAUUACUGGACUUGGAUCAACCAUUUUGUCAUCUGGGGCUCACUGAUAUUCUUUGUGGUGUUCUCUUUGCUGUGGGGAGGAAUCAUCUGGCCUUUCCUCAACUACCAGAGGAUGUACUAUGUGUUCAUGCAGAUGUUGUCCAGUGGUCCGGCCUGGCUCAGCAUAAUCCUUCUAAUAACAGCCAGUCUGCUGCCAGAUGUGGUGAAGAAGGUGAUCUGGAGGGCGCUGUGGCCCACCACGACUGAACGCAUACAGAAUGCUGAUAAACUCUACAAGGGCCAGCUGUCCGAGUUCACCCCCCUGGCGUCUCUUCACGCGCCAUCCAAAGCUGGCAGCCACCGGCGAGGCUCAGGCAACGAAAGGAAUGCCCCAAACCCUCGAAGGUCUGAACCCUUUACCAAGAAAAUCAUGUUCACACGCUGGCAAAGAACGCCAGACUACAGCACCUUCACCCCCCUCCUCCGAUUUGCAGAUGGCUCCCGCCAAUCAAAGCAGGGACAUGCCUACACUGGGGCGGGGCCAGAGACCUCAGUUUAACAUAUUUCCAUCUAGUGUUUUUGUAUUCUUAUAUUCUAAUAUCGGAUACCAUGGCAUCCAUUUAGAGUUGAACUGAACAGAGGAGUAAUUUGAUAAAUUGGUAUAGAAGCUGACCAGGUCUCUGCAAAGUAAAGUUACACAAACUGAAACUAAUUUAUUUACGUUACUGGAGUCCAAUAACAGACUGUGAUGCUAACAGCAGGUAUCUAUAAUCCAUCUAAAAGGGAUUACAAUAAAAGUGACCUUCACAAGUGGUUCCAAGUCAGCAGCCAAGUAUGGCACAAAGCACUCUGGGACGCCUUUGGUAAGGACUCCAUCCACAGGGCCUCGCUCGUCGCUACAGCGUGCAAAGGGCUCCGCGUACCGAUGUCAGAACAAACGGACAUUCUUAAAUCACUGAAAAAAAGUGCACUGGCCCUUUACGUCUGCCUGCCUUUGAUAGCUGGCAGCUGAAAUGUACUUUCCUCUAAUUUAAAGGAUUUUUUUAAUGUUUUUUUAAACAAUUGACAUGUUGUGCUUGUUCUGCUGCUUAUGAUGAUGAAGGCAGUAACAGUGUAUUAAACAUAGCAAUUUCUGUUCUUCAUUCCUACCAUCUCUCUCUCUCUCUUUGUCCUUUCCCUCUACAGGACUAACUGGUGUUGCCUGUGUGCAAACAUAUUAUCGCGAAAUACUCCCUAGGACUCUCUACAGCAUUGUAAGGAGAAGUGUAGUAGAGCUGUAAAGCCUAAGUGUUGGAGAGUUGGAGUUCUUUUUUCCCUUUUUCAUUAGUCAGUGUUUAUUAUGUCUUAAAGAAAGAAAAGACUAAAUUUAACUGCACGUUCAACACUUACGCUUUCAAACUCACAUUUAGGUAGUCUAGAGUAUUUGGUGGUACAAAUGUGUGUGUAUCUGUGUGUGGUUGUUUGUGUGUUGCAUUCAUUUCUGCAGGAUCUCCUUGUGUAUUUUUGUCUUUUAAGCACUUUAACUGUAGACCUUCUUCUUAAAUGUAUCUCUAAUGCUUAUGUAUAUGCAAAGACCACAUUUUUAUAUGACUUGGAAAAAGACAGAUGGUAUUAAUGGCUAAAUUAUGGCUUCCCAGCUGUAUCUCAAUGCCUUAAUGCCACCUUGUAAAUACUACAUUAUCUUCCACAGAGAUUUUAUUUAGCAAAGAAACAUCUUAUAUGACAUCUUUUAGACAACAACUGAUGGAUAC